GAUACAAGCCAAGCACGAGGCGAGCGCCAAAAGCCGUUCGAUAACCGCUAAAAUCUUCAGCGGUUUUUUUUUCUGUGAUGCAAAGUAACGGAAUCGUUUUAGCGUCUCCCUGAAAAACAUUGGAACAUGGUAGAGUUCCCGCUUGGGUAUCGCGAGGUCGUACCGGAUCAAACUCUGCCAGAAAAAUGGAAGGAAAUUACACUGAACACAGGUGGAAGCCAAAGUACGUUGCAAGAUAUAAAAGUACCAGAGAGAGCAGGUGGCUACUCAUACAAAGGUUCUUCCAAGUAUUUCACUCGUAAUCGUUUUAUUUACUGGCGUAUUUGCCAUGACGUGCUUGAAUUGGUUGAACACAGUUUGGAUAUUAAUCUUGCUAAUUGUCGAGUGAGAUACAAGUUUACAGACACCCCAAUUCUAGAUGGAAUUUCCAUUCAUGAAACAGUCAAUUCUGUGAUUAUCUUGAUUGUUACUGUUUCCAGUGUCCACAAACUUUCCUUUUCUCAUCCUGACAAAAUUCAUAAUCAGGAGAAUUUAUUGGGUACAUAUACUGAUCUUAGUGUACAAUCUAUAUUUGGCGAAGCCUCUGUACAAAAUGCCAGAGAUCCUCAUACAUUUCAUAUUAUUUCCAAUGCUGGAGCUACAAAUUCUCCAGUGCCACAUGCAGCAGCAUCGUGGCUUACAUUGCCGCAAGAAGAGGCAUUAUUCGCCCUUGCAUAUAGUUCAGCCACUAUAUUACUUCUGAGGCUCGACACACUUACAGGUCUUGUACACACUAGUGAACUGAAGCAGGACUCGAUCAUGCCAAAGUUUUUGAGUGGUAUAGCUACUGCGUUCAGAAGUCGUAAUACCGAAGCUCAGGUCGCCAUGUCUCUCAUUAUACAUAAUUACGGUAGUGAUACCUAUUUAUUUGCAUUAUGCCGUGAAGGCAAUGUACGUAUAUGGUCUUGCAACAAGGCACAGUGCGUAGCUGUAACAGAUGUGGCAACCGAGAAUCGCGUUGUAUCUCAAGGUGCACAAAGCCACGUUUUGAGGAAAGCUUUAGGCAAUGAUAACGAAUUAUAUCUUGGAACUUUCUUAAAAUUCGGAAUGGGAUGCGAGUUUAACAUUCUGAAGCCCGUGCAAGAGAACGGCGUAUUCACACUGGUUAAAUUAUGUACAUUAUAUGCUCCAGACCAACAUCUAGUAGAUUUUGCAUUCGUGCCAACUAGAUUGUGGGCAGUGUGGAGAACUGUAGAUAUGGACGCGGUGGCGGUGACGCAUGCACGAUUACCGCUAACACAUCAUGGUAAUCCUAUAUGGGAAACCACGAUCUUGGAACAGGCGCGUGACAGAGAUUACAUCGUAACCGAACCUGGAACGGAUCCGAGGGAAGCAUACAUCAAUUAUAUUUUUCAUCCUGGACAAUUCUCAUUGACAGACAUCACGAAAGCUCUGAGCAUUUAUAGAAGAUCCAAUGUAGUGGCAGAAAUGACUUUCUCACCAGCCGUUUUAAAGGAAAGAGUGUGUAUGGCCGUUGAGGCCGAGAUGCAAGCGGAAGUAAUGGAUUACGUAAUUAUGGAUGAAGAUUAUCUCGAAAUUGCUAAUCGAUGUUGGUCAAAAUUUUAUUCGUGUGUCGUUCAAUAUCAUGCUAAUGGCACUCGUCCCGUUGGUCUGUUGUUAUUGCCAAACGUUCAUGGGGUUGUGCUGUUGAAAAAGUCCUCAUUCUCACUUCUAAGACCUAUGGAAGCUUUAGAGCAUCUAGUGCUUUGCAAUGAUAAGUCUUAUAUUUCUCGAUUCAAGACAACACCUGUUCUAUCGCAAGAUGAAAACACAUGCCAAGAUCUAAUUAUGUUAAUGUCGGCGUUGGUCAUGCUAGGAAUGCAGUUAUCUGAAGAGAUCAAAAUGGAAAUUGAGAGAGAAUUGUAUCAUCUGAGAAGUCCGGAUAUCAUAAUCGAUGAUUUGCUGUCGAAACUGAUAUCAGAACCCGAUGAUCCACUAUUGGAUUUUAAUUUUCAAUCGGAACUCUGCCACAAACUGAAUAAUAUUAAAGAUAUAUCGGGUGCCAUGGCCAUGUUGUUGGAAGCGUUAACAUAUGAUCUUGGGCAACCGAACAAGUUGCAAUUCGAGGACGAUCAUGAUACCUCAAAAAUUUUGUUGAAUGUCAGUCAUCUGUUUGGCAGCCAGCUCGGAAUUUCCGCGGUAGCAGAAACCAUAACACAAAUAGCGCUUUUGAGAUUCUCCAUCUGCAGAGAUCUAUUAAUACUGCAACAAUUUAUAUUGCUGCGUCCUAAGAUAUUCAAUUCGGAAUCUUUGCACGCUAUAAGAUCAUCGUUGGCAUCGCGAACUGUUGUACUUACUCAAGCUUACUAUGUCGUCACGUGGAUAUGUGAAUCUACGGCAACAUAUACUCCUUCACAAGCGUUGCUUGAAUCCAGCUCUCAGCGUCUUUCAACUCUUAAGCUCGCUGAUUCGCGGAUUAAUGUUGGACAAAGGCAGCAUCGAUCUCUCUCGCUUUUGGAGCUGUUUAUUCAUAGCAGUGGAGCGAAACACGCUCAUAUUCUAAUGGCCCAGGCGAAUAUGGAUCCAACGACUCUGAUACCUUGGCAUUAUAGUAUGCUGACACAUGUGACGCUCAUCGCGCAACUGAUAUGGCCAAUAUCCGGAAAUUUUAUCUUUCCCGAAUGGUUACUCUCCAGUUGUCAAUUCUUACUUGUUCAAGAAUACGUGCGACUUUUGAAUACAUGGUGCGAGUGGAAUAGCGCCUCAAGAAGAUUCAUAUUAGCAGUUGCCUUAUUAGAAAUGGGAGAGAUGCAAAAGGCAUGUGAUCAUUUUCUCCGAGCUUCCAAUGGAAUAUCGACCGAUGUGUUUUUAGUGAAUGCCUUACUCAAUUCUAAUGUAACGUCGAAAAAUAAGGACUUAGUUCAUUAUUAUCUGAAAGUUAUUAAAUUGUUCGAGGAACACAAUGCAUCCGAUUGUAUCAUGGAGAUUGCCGAAACGGCCAUUGCAACGGCAGAUUCAGAUGAUCCAAAUUUGCCGACGCUUCAUUCCAUAAUAUUUGCGCAACACUUAAACUUAGGGCAUCAUACAGAAGCUUACCAUUGCUUAAAAACAAAUCCAGACCCUGUGCGUAGAGUGGAUUGUUUGCGGCAAUUAGUCGUUACGUUAUUUGAAAAAAAAUUGUUGAUAGAUUUAAUUUCUUUUCCUUAUGUUGAUAUGUAUGAGGAUCUCGAGAGAAUAGUAGAAGGCAGAGCCAGAAGCGUCGACCUCAUGGAAAAUAAUUAUUAUAACUUUUUAUAUAGUUUUCAUGUCAAUAAGCAAAACAUGCGAAAAGCCGCAUCCAUAAUGUACGAACAAGCUAUGCGUUUAAGUCAGGAGCCUCAUUCCGCACCGAUUAUAGCGAAGCAAGCGCAAUGUCUACUGGCUUGUAUAAAUGCUUUACAUCAUGUAAGCGAGAAGUAUAGGUGGAUCGUAAGGCCUGUAAUUGAUCAUAAUGUUUCUAAUGAACUGAACUCAUCAAAUCCGCAAAAGAAGAGAAGUAUUGACGGAAAAGAGGUGUUACAUUACAAAAUAAAGAAACAAGUUGAAGUGCUCGAGUUGGAUGAUAUAAAAAAGGAGUAUUAUAUAGUAGAUGCGAGAUUAAAAAUAUCAAAAGUAAAUUCAGAGAUGCAUAUUGUUGCACAUACGGAAUUAUCCGAACUUAUUGUCACUUUAUGUAGCACUGGUUUGUACGCAACGGCAUUACAUUUGUGCGAUGAAUUUAAAAUUAGUAAAGCUUCCGUACUCAAAAGUUUAACUUCUCAAUGUAUCAAAUUAAGUCAACGCGAAGAUCCAAAUGCCUGGGAUUGGUUAAUACAAAAUGAUAUAUUUGAUAUUGGAAUAUCUAAUACAACUAUUACAAACACCGCUUGGAGACUGUUAGAGUAUUUCACAUUAAAACACGAAAAAGAUGAUAACUGUGAACUACAUAAGGCUGUUGCGCAAAAAUUAUUGCAAGAUGGAGCUUUUCUACCACAAUGGUUAUUAAUAUCGUAUAAAAAACGUAACGCCUCGGAGCUUCUUCGUCUCAUGCUAAAUACUGGCAGACUAGUGGAAGCCAGCGAUUUAGCGGUAGAUUAUAUUAAUGCGGUAUUAGGUAGCGGUAAAGAAUAUUUUGGUUUUGAAACGCCAUUAGUAGCUACCGCACCACCUAUUUGGCUACCGCUUAAUACCAUAGAAGUAUUAUUAAGUGAAUUACGACACUGUAAAGACUCUGUUCAUAUAGAGAGCUACGAAAGAUUAAACUCAACAUUGGAAAAAUAUCUAGAAACGGUAGAACGCGUUUCGGAAGAUAUGAUUAAAAUGAAGAUGAUGAAGGAACAAUCCUAGGUAUACAAAUCAAGCCAGCUCUUUGUAUCUGCAGUUCGCGUAUCAUAUUUCAACUGGUCUCCUGCGAUGUACAUACUUAUGUCAGUUUAUAUUAUUAAUACAAUAACUGGAAACAGUAUAAAACAAAGUUAUCAUUUAUAAUUUCGGAAGUUGAUUUUAUAUAUCUAUUAAAUGUGAGUUUUCCAUUAUGCAAUAAGAGAAUUUGUUUGUAUGGUGAUUUAAAGUGCCAAGAAUGGAUUGUAACAUACUACUUUUUUUUACAUAUUUUGUUAGAAUACAAUUCACUGGUAAGGAUGCUUUGUUAUUUGGAAGAAUGUUUAGAUUUUAAUUUUGAAUUAUUGUAUCUUGUUAUUUAUUAAUUCUACAGCUCUUUAAGAACUUCUUCGGAUAAGCAUACAGUAAAAGUUGUCAGAUUUUCUCAUUUGUUAUGAUUUCAUGUUGCAAUUCCUCAACCUUACCUCUUCUGUAAUCUAACAAAAUUUACUGUAUACAACACAUUCUCUCAUUAAAGACUGUUACUGAUUUGCAUCAUUUUCAAUAGUAGGAUAAUAUUAUUAUAUAGGAAUAAUUUCUUCUAUUUUUACAUAUUAAACUUAAUAUUGAGAAACAAUUUUGUAUUGUUACCAUAAAUUUUGCGAUGUUACUGUGUGUUUAUAAAUCAAUGUUUUUAUA